UGAACCAUUGGCAAUAGUCGUUAAUAGCUAAUCAAAACAACAACAGCGUUGAAACUAUGCAGAGAGACGCGCAGAAGGAGAAGCAAGCGCAAGAUUGGAUAGUGCGAAUCUUAGGCCCUGACGCGUUUCCACCUGGUGAACUCUACGAAGACGUCUUAAGAGACGGAAUCGUUUUGUGCCAACUGAUGGAUAGAUUAGCGCCAGGUUCCGUUCCCAUCAUCAAUCCUUACGGAGGAGAAUACAAGAUGCUGGAAAACAUCGAAAAUUUUCGCGCAGUGCUGAGGAUUUACGGAGUCGCAGACGACGACAUCUUCGAAGCUUCGGAUCUUGUCGAUGAUAACGAUUUAGUUAAAGUAACAGAAACCAUUUUUGCACUCGACAAACAGAUUAAUUUCCAUCCGGAAUGGAAAGGCCCUCGCAUACAAAAGUAAUUCGAAAUUGAAUCUUAAUAAAUCUUAAAAAA